AUGAAACAGAAAGCUAGUGCAGAAGCCGAGUUCAGAGGUAGGACUAAAGGAAUUUGUGAGCUCAUUUGGUUAAAGAAGUUGCUUACUGAACUUAGGUAUGAACCUACAUCCACAAUGAAUCUUUUUUGUGACAACAAGGUUGCAAUCGCUAUUGAACAAAAUCCGGUUCAACAUAAUUGCAUCAAACAUGUUGCGGUGGAUCGACACUUCAUCAAACAGAAGCUUGAGGCUAAAGUGAUUCAGUUUCCUUUCGUGAAGUCCGAGAAUCAAUUAGUGGAUAUUUUAACAAAGGAAAUUUCCAGUAGAGCAUUCCACAAUUCACUGGACCAGUUGGGCAUUGGCGACAUCUAUACACCAACGUGA